GUAACUUUUCAGACACAAGACCUCAAAUCACUCCCGGCCUCCGGUCCGAAGAACGUCCCGACAAACUCAGUGCUUCCAAAUUCGAAAGUUUUCCAAAAUUCCACACAUACAGACAGACAGACUCACAAAUACAACCGAGAGGCGUCGGGCUUUGCAAAGUGUGCAAAACUAGACUCGGAAGAAGAGGGCGGAAGAUGAGGAUGAAAGGAGCCGGGGGCAUCAAUCGGGCGAAUCUCACGACGCGACUCUUCUAGUCUCCCUCUUCUCGGCCGAUGGAGUAAUCGUGCGACGGCGGCCAGAACAGACACCAGUCCCCACUCGCCAGUCGAAAGAGGGAGCCGAGCCCGGCCGGUCACGGAUUCGCGGUCACAGUCACACACUCACACACACACACAAACGCGCGCACACACUCAGGACGGAAGAGCGACGGCCCCCAGGCAUGACACCGUCAACAUGUCAACUCUAAGGAUGGCACUCGGAAAGUACACAUCACUCUUCAGCCCCCUUCACAACACAUCCCUGCAAAACCUCAAGUCAAUCAACUGGAUGAAUGAGAGGGCAACCUCGGACAAGGCUUACGUACCUACAACUGUUGAACAUAUAGCAAAUGUCAUAACUCAUGGAGUUUGGGUCCUACCGAGUGCCUAUGGAAGCUAUGAACUACUCGCACGUUCUUCGAGCUGGUCUCACUUCUGGGCAGCAGUUGUGUACGGAAUUUCCCUAUUUCUUUGCUUCACCGUUUCAACGAUAUUCCAUUCUGUAUUUUAUUGCGGGAACAACAGACCCCUGAAGGAGAUUUUGCAUAGGGGUGAUAGGGCAAUGAUCUAUGUUUUUAUAGCAGCCUCCUACUUUCCCUGGCUAGUUUUGCAACCGCUACCGACUGACACGGUGCCAGCUCAUCUGUGGUGGAUUGUAUGGGUGCUUGCAUUUUUAGGAAUCACCUAUCAACAAAUUUUUCACGAAAAGUACAAAUCACUCGAGACAUUCUUUUACGUUUUAAUGGGAUUGGGCCCGUCUAUCAUUGUUAUGCAUUACAAUGCAAUGGGCCCCGGCGAAGAGGCAUUGAAACUAGGAGGUUUGCUAUAUAUUCUAGGUGUAAUAUUCUUUAAGUCUGAUGGUAAAAUACCAUGCGCCCAUGCCAUCUGGCAUCUGUUUGUUGCCUGUGCUGCUGGCAUUCACUACUUUGCCAUUCUCAAUCAUUUAUACAGUUAAACAAAAAGACACCCCUUAUGACAAAACAAAACCAAUAGAAAAUAGAACACAAGCUAACAUGUUUCUAAAUGACA